AAAUAAAGUGACGUCAAUAGCCUAGUGAUUUUUGGUUUGAAAUGUUUCGCGGGAUAAAUUGCUGAAGCUAGCAUAUGACAGCUGCUGUAUUUUUAAAGUACCCACACGAAUGUUAUUAAUAAUUGUGCUCCUAGGUUUGUUAAACAAAAAUAAACGCAUGAAAGAAUGAGCUAUAUUUCUAUUUGGUGGACAGUUUCGCUUUUGGUAUUAAUAUCUGUAAUUGAAAAGACACAUUUGACAACUCACGAUAACAGUCAUGGGUUUGUGUCUACUUCUAGAGAAAGUUACUUUAUUGAUGAUUUAUCCAAUAUUCAUCAGGAUAUUUCGCCAGAAUUUCGAAGUUCCGUAAUAAGUGACAUGAAAAAGUAUGUAAAAUUUGAGCCAGAAUAUUUAGAUUUUAAGCAAAGGGCUCUAGGUGUACCUCAUUUAGAAAAGGUGUUGUUAUUUAACAUUCAUAGUAAUAAAAGUAUUGAUAUGACUUCUAUAUCAGGUAGUACAGUCCAUUUUCACAGUUCUUUCUUUGAAGAUAAGCAAAUUCCACCUCUUGGAAAUACUUCGUUUAAUGUUGUAUUCUUGGGACGAGAGGAGGGUAUUGUGGAAAGUAAUUUGUUUAUCCAUACAACAGAAGGACAUUUUAAGUAUCAAGUAAAAGGAUCAAGUGUUUCUAGUCCAUACAGACUGCGCCCAAUAACAAACGUAAAAUUGCCAUUAAAUGCUACAUUUUCUCCUAUGAUCUACAUGUUUAAUCCACACUUGGAAUCCAUUCAAGUAAUAGAAAUAUACAGUAGUGGGGGCGAUUUUCACUUGGAAUUACCAAGUGGUGAAUUGGAAGGCCCCAAAGAUAUGUGGGAAAUACCACCCCUUCAAAGAAAAGCUAUUAUUCGGGUCCGAUUCUUUGCUAAAACUGAACGAAAUCAUACAGCUUAUGUUCGGUAAGAAUUGUUAAUAUAAAUUGAAUUAACAUU